GGCCGUUGGUUUAGAGUUUCCGGUACUUCCGAUAUUUGCAACGGCCCCAAAAUGGAUCAUUCGACUGAUCAGACUGAGAGUAGUACUCCAUUAGCAUCGGCCAAUGCCGUUGACCAGGAAGCUGCAGCAGACAACACAGUUUUAAUCAGGGGCAUGGAUCUUCAUGUUUUCAACGCUGCAAAAGAAGGAAGAACUGAUGUCCUUAGUGGACACCAUCUUGACCAAAUAUUGACUCCAACCAAGAACACAGUCCACUAAAUUUAUAUAGCUUUUGCAAGCAGCCCCCAAACAAAAGAAAAAGCGCUGAGGCCACCCAGCGUUGUGGAUAAAAUCCUUCAAAUGUGUCCAGCACUGCUAUCGCAAAAGAACGAGAGUGGCGAGACUGCCUUACACAUUGCGGCCAGACAUGGGCGUGUGGAUAUAGUUGAACUUCUUAUCAAAACUGCAAAAGCUGGCCGUCCUGAUGACCUUGAGAACGGGCCCUUAUCAUCAGUACAAGCCUGGCAGACGCUCAUAAGGGAAACCAAUAAGGAGAAGGACACAGCCUUGCACUUUGCAGUGCGAUUUAAUCACUUUCGUUCUGUACAAUUAUUCAACUUGUUUUCUCCUCUUGUGUUAUACUCUGCUAAUGAUGCUGGGGAGACUCCACUUUAUUUGGCUGCCGAGAGGAAAUAUGGUGUUUUGUUCUCUGAAAUACUUAGCACUUGCACGGAUCCAAAUUACCAAGGCCCCAAUGGAAGAACGGCUUUGCAUGCUGCAGUGAUUUACGGUGAUAAAAAAAUGACUGAAAAAAUACUAGAGAAGAAAAAGGAUUUGGCGAUAGCAGCAGACGAACAAGGGUGGACCCCACUUCACUACGCUGCACUCUCUGGUUGUACUUCAAUUGUAAAACAACUACUGCAAGCUCAUAGAUCCUCUGCCUACAUUGUUGACAAAACUGAUAAGAAGACCGUGUUGAGAAUUAAUGACUAA